AUGGAAAAAUCAAAGAAGAAAAAGAAUACCAGUAGCUUACAGCACACUGCAAAUAGCUCAGCAGGGCCCAACCAAGUAAUCCUUUCUAGUGAUUCCAACCUUCAUAGAAAUUCACCAGGAACAAAAAAACUUAAUCCUUCUAAAAUCAACAAAAAAAGUACUCAGGUAAAGAGACCAAGUACUGUCACCCUAUUGAAACGAUCUCAUAGGGGAAGCAUGUCUGAUGGUCUGGCUCGUGGUCCUAUAAUCCCACCCCGAAGACCAACGUUUAGACUGUGCUACAUUUGUGGAAAAGAAUUUGGUUCUCAAUCCAUUUCCAUUCAUGAACCCCAGUGCCUGAAGAAAUGGCAUAUUGAAAACAAUAAGUUACCCAGAAAUCUCAGAAGACCAGAGCCCCAAAAACCAAAAACUCUUGGUGGUACUAGUUCUUAUGAUUUGCAGUCUAUCAACAAGGUUGCUUUUGAGAGUGCUCAGGCUCAGCUGUUGCCUUGUGAACACUGUGGUAGAACUUUCUUGCCUGAUCGUCUUCUUGUUCACCUCAGAAGUUGUAAGCCAAAAGCUAAUUUUUCUGAGAAUCUCCCUCCCAAGAAGAAAACCCUUGGUGGAAUUGUGUCCCCACCAAAGACUCUCCUCUGUUACAUCUGUGGCAGAGAGUUUGGCAGCCAGGCCCUUUCUUCCCAUGAGGCAGAGUGCCUGGAGAAAUGGAAAGUAGAAAAUGAGCGACUCCCACAAAACCUCCGCCAGAUACCCCCUCAGAAGCCAAAGCAUUAUUCAGCCAAGCCAUCUAAGCCUGAGACGAUGCAAACUUCUAAUGACAGUCAUGAGGGUCAGCUAAUGGUUUGCUCCAAGUGUAACAAGAGCUUUAAACCAGAUCGUCUUCAAAUACACCAAAAAAUUUGCCAAGUUCAAGAUUCUGAUUCCAGUACCUUUGGAAGCAGAAGCAGUGGGAGGGAGGCAGUCAAAAUUCAGCCACAAAAGAGCAAGGCAGGAUCCUCCAGAUCUGACAAGCCCUCCGUGAUAAGACGACCACCAACAAUUAUUUGCUACAUUUGUGGUCGUGAAUUUGGAACUAAGUCCAUCAGUAUCCAUGAGCCACAGUGUCUGAAAAAAUGGCAUAAUGAAAACAAUUUGUUGCCUAAAGAGUUACGGAGACCAGAACCAAAAAAACCAGAAGUCAUAAACAUUGCAGCCAAAGGCUACUAUGAUCUAGAUGCUAUAAAUGAAGCUGCCUGGACAAGUGCCCAGAGCCAGUUGGUUCCAUGUGAUAACUGUGGGCGUACCUUCCUGCCAGACAGACUAGUCGUCCACCAGCGGUCCUGUAAACCCAAACCAGCCAAGUAAAGCCUUCUCUCUCAACCAAAAUGUUACAGAA